CACGCAGGAGCCGAAGCGAUAAGCAUGUGCCGUGUGGUGUGCGCCGUGUGCCGGGCAGGCAGUGUAGCAUGUGCUUUCGCGGGACCCACAACGCGGCUAUCGUCGCCGUCGCAGCUAGCGUCCUCGGGCUGUUGCAGGGCGCGGUCUGGGCCGUCCUCGGUCUUCUGGGCUUCCUCCUCUUCUGGUGCCACCUGCAGCCGGGCUCACAGGACAACUUCGGAUUCGUCCUCUACGCCUUCUUCUUCUACAACCCAGAGUGCGGGCAGCUGCCAGACGAGGUGAACGCGACGUGGCCCACGGCGCAGUCGGAACUCGUGAGGACGACUUCGGUGGUGUGCAUCGCCUACCUGGCCGUCGGCGCCGCCUGGGCUCUCCUCUCGCUGCCGCUGCUCGUGGUGUCGCUGCGUCGCGUAUCCGGACUGCCGUGCCUGGUGUCCAGCUACGCGUGGGCGCUGGCCGCGACCGCCUGCCUCACGCUGGACGUGCUGGCCACCGUGGCCUACGGCUUGGACGUCCACGAUCAACUGCCGAUCUUCAGCCAGCUGGACGAGUCGACGCAGAACCUGGUGCAGGGCCUGCAGCCGCUAUGCAUGGCGCUGGUGAUGCUGCUGACGUCACGCUUCGUGCUGCUGUGGCUCGUGGACGCCGUGUUGGUCGUCAUGGUGGCGCUGGGCGCGCGCCGGCUGCGUGACAGCUUCGAAGACGACAAGGUGAUGAGCACGGGCCCGCCCCGGAAGCCAGACGGCCAGGCGCUCCCGGAGUACCUGGGCUACGACCCCAGCUCGCCGCCGCUGCACCCGCAAGACCCAAGAGUGGCCGCUAUGCGGAAGGACGUGCGCCUGCUGCCCGAGGCGAACCUGCGUCGCAGCCCUGUGUCCUCCAUGACGGAGGAAGACCUCUACCACCACCAGUACGCCAGGCCCUUCACCUACACGCCACAGUCACAGCAGCUGCAUCAGCAGCAGCCGCCACCACAGGCCCUCCAACAGAGGCGGCCGCAGAGUGACAUCGAGAAGCAUCCUCAGGCACACAUCCAGAAGAAGCGGACGGACAAGGAGAAGCCCCGCGGGAAGGAGAACGUGCGGCUGCGGCCCGAGGAGCUGCCGGGCUACAGCAUCCUGCCGCUCAAGAAGGGCUUCGACCCGCCGCCGGCGCCGGCGGAGCGACCCCCGCCGGAGGACGGCGUCCUCAGGGGCGACACGGCCCGCAGGGACUUCCGGCGCCGCCUGGAGCACCAGCUGGAGCAGCCCCGCCGCCUCUCGCCCUCACCUGGGCCGCACACCGUCUCGCUAGAAGACUACGCCAGGAGAGACGAGGGGCGCGGCGGCCCGCAGCGGCUGCCUCCCGAGCAGCUGCGCAGCCUGCUGCCCUGGAGCUACCUGGCGCCGCCUGAGGAGCUGCCGCGCCGCCACGCCAGGCCGGACUCCGACGCCGACCUGGAGAUGCCGCCGGUGCCCGUGCCGGACUACACGCUGCACUUCGGGCAGCGCUCCCGCGACCGCCUGCCCUCCUCCAGCCCCGCCUCGUCCGCCUCAGGCUACGCCGAGGAGCGCCCUCGUGCCGCCGGUGGAAGACGCAAGGAGGUGCUGUACUAACCAUGGCCUCCAGAUCCAUCCAUUGCCCCUUCAAGACCUGCUCUAAAGCUGUACCACGAUGUCUGCAGCCUAAGGGUUUAUCGCAUACAAUAGUCUACAUGUACAUGUGUAUAUAAUCACCUUGAGCAUAUUUCCAAGACACUUUUAUCAAAGUUAUUGAAAGAGUUUGUGACUGAAGCCUUCAAAGAAUGGAUAUAUUUUUCCUUCGAAUGAAACUAGCACUAGGUAACAUAGCCAUGAUCUAAUUUGCAAAUGGUUAUUGGCUUAAAUUUUUACACACUUUCACAGUCUGGAUAUGAAAAUGUCCUAGAUGUUCUAAAGAAUUUCAUAUUUUGCAAAACAAAAAGUAUUUAUGGAAGUUACAGCAAUGAGCCUCCAUUGUAUCUCGUCACUGAAAAUAGGGACUUUUACUGUAAAUUCGGAAUUCAUUUUUGGAAGAGACAUAUUUCGACAAAAGAGAAUUUUUUUCUGAUAAGAGGAGUUUCAUAUACAAUUUCUCUUAUUCUGAGCUGCUAUCACUUGCUUAUAAGCACACAUUCUUUUGCUAUGUGGAGUAUAUAAAUACUUCCUUCUAGCAUACUGUUUUGAAUGAAAAUGAACAGGUUGUAAACAUUAUAGUUCAUCAUAAUGUGAGUGCAAUACAGCUGCCCAUAAGUGUAAUAUAACUGUUUAUAAUUUAUAUAACAUAAAUUUUAAAUCAUGAUAUAAUUGAAAAAGCCAUUUAUUAUUCGAUUCACUUUAUAUGUACAGUAAAGUGCAUUGUAGAGUAUGUCUUAAUUUUAAUGGAACGGAAUAUUAUUUUAUGAAGUAAUUUUGUAUUGUUGGACAGUUAUAAAUAUAACUUAUUACUGUUGUA